AAUCGGUUAUUCGAUCAAUCGUGCCAUUACUAGUAGUCAGCAGUACUCAGGCAAUUUGAGGAAUAUAUAUAUAUAUAUAUAUAUAUAUAUAGGAAUUGUUGAAAUACCUUGUGCUGUCAUUAUAUAUACUUGUAUCGAAUAAGUGCCUCUUGUGUUUAUAAUAAUUGCAAAUUAAUUAAGCAAACGUUGUCGUGCCAGCAUCCAAGUUGUCACAUAUUUUUGCAUUGCCAGUAAAGCCAAUAGUGCAACAGAGCUAUUUUUAAGUGGUUAGAGGGCAGAUGCUUACACAAAAAGUUCUUUGUUUUUUCUAAAAAGUUAAGUUUUUAAUAUUCCUUAACAAUCCUCUUUUUUGUUCUUCAGUAUACAGGUACAAAGUUCAAUUUCUGUACUUCCGUUUUGCAAAGUAAAAAUAGUGCAAUUCUAUUAAAAUACACAUAUGUAUCUAUAACUCUGUUAAAAGCCCAACUUUGCACUUGAGAGAAUAAAAUUAAACAAAAAUUGCGUAAUUUCUCAUGUGGAAUUAAACGGAGGAUACCGGAUGUAUAAAAUUUGCGUUAUUCCAAUUGCAGUUUUCGUACAUUCUGUGUUCGCGUACAUUAUGGCUUCUUCGAUGUAUUACGCUUCAAGUACUGGCCGCAUUUUACGUUUUCUGACGACAAAUAUUAACUAUUUGCAAUAUUACAAAGUGAACCAAUCAAUACUCGUCAAGACCGUAUUUGCCCUGUCAACAAGAUAUUCUAGUUCAACAGCAGUAGUACCAGUGCUUCCCGUAAGCGGCAUUUCCGGUAAUGCUGAUAGCAACAAAAAAAUCAUUACAUCACUAAUUUUCAACUCUGGACCUGGGUCUAUUUUGAAUCGGCGUAAUGACGCUCAACAGAUAAAUUGUCGACAUUUUUCAAGUCUAAAAAAUCCAUUGCAGUUCGAGUCUACUAAAAUAUAUCAGCAAAUGAAAAAGACUUUUUGGAAUAAUCGGCGUAUGCUUUCAACCAAAGAGAUCACUAAAAAUAUUACACUCUUCACUAAUGAACCAUUCAAAAGCGAAUUGGAUCCAAAGACUUUGGAAUUCAAGAAGCCUUCUGAAAAUCCACUUGUGUUAAUGAUGGCGUGGCUAAUGGCAAAGCAAAAACAUUUGAAGAAAUAUACUCAAAUUUACACAGAUAUGGGAUUCGAUGUUGUCGUCGUACAUGUAACCCCGUGGCAGCUUCUUUGGCCAGUUAAGGGGACGCAGGUUGUAGCUGCAGAAACGCUUAAAUUUAUAGAAAACAACAAGUCAUAUGCGCCAAUUGUUAUUCACGGGUUUUCAGUGGGGGCUUAUCAACUCGGUGAAGUAAUGAUACAGAUGGCACGCGAUAUGGAACGCUACACACAAGUAUUGGAUAGGAUUGUUUGCCAAAUUUGGGACAGCGCUGCUGAUAUUACAGAAAUUCCAAUCGGAGUGCCUAAAUCGAUAUUUCCCAAAAAUUCCCGCAUGCAAAGCGCACUACGCAACUAUAUCCUAUAUCACAUGAAAACAUUCCACAACCAAGCUUCAGUUCAUUACAUGAGAUCCAGCCAAAUGUUUCAUUCUACGCUAAUUAAGCAGCCAGCAUUGUUUUUCGUAUCGGAAAAUGAUCCUAUUGGUCCACCUUCAUCCAACCAAGCUGUACGCGAAAAUUGGGAACGUGCCAAUAUCAAAGUUACAUUCAAGUGUUGGGAGCGUUCACAGCAUGCAGCACAUCUCAUUAGACAUAGGGAGGAAUAUCUAGAGUGCCUAGUAAAGCAUCUUGAAAGUUGUGGUUUGACCGAUAACAUUGGAUUAAAAACUCGUGCCAAAUUGUAAAGAAAAAAGCGGCGAGAAUAUCUACAUAAAUACGAAUUUAAAUGAAAUUAAGAAAUUAAUGUUUCAGGAAGGGUAUACCCUUCGAUGUAAAAAUAGGGCAUCUAUAUAACCCCUUGUAAAGGCGUCAAUGCAAAGCGGUAGUUCGACGACUCAAUAAGCAAGUAAUUUCUUUAAAAUUUAGAAACAAAACUUAAAAAAAGAUAGGCAAAUCGACGAUUAAAAGCAAAAGAUAGGCAAAGCAGCAAUUUCAUGUUCCUGCCAAUAGAUUGAAUAAAAUAGAUCCUUUUACUCUUAAACAGUUUAGCAAA